UAUUUGAUGCAAUCAGAUAACAUGGUCAUUAAAAAACUAUCACGCAUGGUCAUACCCUAUCAGAUGAUUUGCCACAACCACUACGCCAUGGUCAACAGCUAUAAGCUUGUUUAUGUAUGUGUGUGUGUAUAUAUAUUCUGAUUUCUUACGCGACAACUUGCCCCACAAAUACUAAAUCUCCUUUGUCAUCAUUCUCUGCAAAUAACAUAAAAUAUCUCCAAACACUCUCUUCUUCUCCCCCUUUUAGAAUCUCUCUCUCUCUAUCUCUCUAUCUCUCGCCGCCAUGGGAGCGAACAGAUUAUAAAGAUGACAGAGCAAGAUCAAACUUUCAACGCAGCCACUGAAUGUUGCAUGUGCGGAGAUUCUGGUCUCUCCCACGAGCUUCUCUUCUGCAAAACAUGCCGUUUCCGGUCUCAACAUAGACCGUUACUUUCUCACAGAUACUGCAGCAACAUGUACCCUAAUUCGGAUUCGUACGACACCUGCAACUGGUGCCUUGGCCAAAAUUCAGACAUCAACAAACAGAGGGAUCAGACCAAUACGGCGUCGUUUAAAGGGGUCCACGUGGACGCAGAGUUGAAAAGACCGAAAAGGGUCUUCGCCGCCGGCGACGAUGGGCCGUUGUCCCCGUCGGAAGAGGCGGCGGGGGAAAAUGGCCGGAGAAGGAGGAUCAUAACGAGAGGGAAAUUGGAGGAGAUGAUUAAGCUUGGGAGGGCAAAAUCGGAAGAGAGUUCAAGUGAGAUUCGGGGCAAAGUGAUAUUAAAGGCUAAGUUUCGGAACAAGGCUAAGAGAUACAAGCUUCUUGAUGAGGUUUCUAAUUAAUUUUACAAACGAUAUUAUAUAUAUAUAUAUAUAUAUAAUGAUAUAAAGAUGAGUUUUUUUGGGUUAUGAAUCACGAGUUGUAAGUCAAAUAAUGCUUUUUAUAUUUUGUUUUCUCA